GCAGCUCGAGUUUGAGGAGAUCAAGCAACAGGUCUACUUUGAGCGUACCGAGGGCGCCAAGUCUUACUUGGAUCUUUUCAAGCCUGGAAUUUUCCGUCGCGUCGGGCUCGGCGCAUCGCUCCAGAUGUGGUCCCAGUUAUCUGGCAUGAACAUUAUGAUGUACUAUAUCGUCCAUGUGUUCCAAGGCGCUGGCCUAACAGGUCGUCGUGGGAACCUGAUCGCCGAUUCUGUUCAAUAUGUUCUAAAUGUUGCCUUCACUGUACCCGCCAUUCUCUACAUCGAUCGCUGGGGUCGCCGCCCUAUGCUUCUCGCAGGCACCCUGUUCAUGCGAUUUUGGCUGAUGCUCGUUGGCGGUCUGCAAGGUAGAUACGGACACUGGGGUACACUCGGCACCGAUCGUGUUUGGGUCAUUGAUGGACAUGACGGUCUCACGAAGGGUAUCGUCGUCUGCUCUUACGCUCCUAGCUUUGCAAUCACUAUGGGUCCAGUGUCUUGGACUUACCCGGCUGAAAUAUUUCCGGUGCGCGUGCGUGCGAAGGCUGUCUCGUUAUCCACCGCGACCAACUGGCUGUUCAACUUUGCGCUCGCAUGGGCAGUCCCGCCCGGGUUAAGCUUCAUCGCACACAAGACGUACUUCAUCUUCGGUGCCUUCAACUUUGCAGCCUUCAUCCAUAUCUUGUUCUGCUUCCCCGAGACGGCAGGUCGGACAUUGGAGGAGAUCGAGGCUGUUUUCGAACGAGGCCAUAUUUUCACCGCGUGGAAGGUCAAGAAGGAUGUGGAAAGGAAGACGCUCGAGGAUGUCGUUUCUCAUCAAAAAGAUGUAGUGCACGAUGAUGCAAAUGAGAAAAUUGUUUAG